AUGGAGCAACAACCCGUCGAUGCACCACUCACACGGUCCGCCAUUUUCCUCGUCCUCACGGUGAAAGACACUCCAUCCGCCAUCAUGACAGUGCGUUCCACUGUCGCCAGCGUCGAUGACCUGGCCAAGAAUGUCUCUAUCCGUGACCUCCAAGCCUCAUUCACCUGCACAGUCGGCAUUGGUAGCGCCAUCUGGGACCAAUUGACGGGAUUACCAAAACCAGCUGAACUGCACCCGUUUCCCGCUAUCAAGGGUGAGAAACACACGGCAAUUUCUACCCCCGGAGACCUCCUUUUCCAUAUCCGCUCCGAGAGACGAGACUUAUGUUUUGAAUUCGAGCGACAAUUGCUUCAACGACUGGGUGAUUCCGUGACGGUCAUGGACGAGACCACCGGAUUUCGAUACUUUGAUGUACGCGAUCUACUCGGAUUUGUUGAUGGCACGGCGAAUCCUGUUGGACCGGCGGUAACGGACUCGGUUCUUGUCACUCAGGAAGAUAAGGAUGUGUCCGCCCUUGGAGGUAGUUACAUUGUUGUUCAGAAAUAUGUUCAUGAUAUGUCAGCAUGGCAGGCUCUCUCGACAGAGCAGCAGGAAGCUAUUAUCGGACGCACCAAGCUUGAUAAUAUCGAGCUUGACGACGCGGAGUCCGGCCAGCAGUCUCAUAAGUCGCUGGCGACAGUAGAGGACGAUUCAGGUAAUGAACACAGUAUCCUUCGGGAUAAUAUGCCGUUUGGGUCUCCCGGUACUGGUGAAUUCGGGACAUACUUUAUUGCAUAUUCACGUCGACUGUGGGUGAUCGAGAAGAUGCUGCAGCGCAUGUUUGUGGGUGAUCCAUUGGGUCUGCAUGAUCGAUUACUGGACUUUUCGAGGCCGUUGACAGGGACGACUUUCUUUGCGCCGUCGGCGAGGGUGUUGGCAGGAUUGGGUGAUUAA